AUGCUCAUGGAAGAGGAACGACCUCCACCUACUCCUACAUUAACAGUGGAAGCAAUAAAAAGUGCUGUACUACGGUUGUAUUGUCUUGAGGACAUCUCCGUAGUGUACCACCGGCCAUCCAAACGCAAAUUGGCCCUUAAAAUAUCCCCGUCUGGGAAUAUUCAAAGACGUGAAAUUGAGAUCCUUCGAGGGUUGCGGCAUGAAAAUGUGCAGCGUCCACCACAGAAAAUUGAGUACCUAGGCUUCUACCAAAUUCACGAUUUCCGUCUUUUCUCUCAGUACGCCAACGGUGGAAGCCUCGUAGACCUUCUGAACGCGAAUUCCGCACCUUUGCCAUGGAGCUGUCGUGUGAGUCUAGCUCAUGACAUAAUUCGGGGACUCAGUCAUCUACACGAAAACCGUCUCAUCCAUCGAGAUUUGUCUUCACAGAUAGAAUCCUCUCAUGGACUGAGCAUCGAUCAGAUGACCGAGCUCUGGGAUCCCAAGUCACCGCCCUGUCUCGGACUUCCCGUGAUCCGUCCCUCCGUCGCACCCGCCAGUCUCUUUCAUCGGUAUCAUCGAUACUCUCCUUACACUGCUGUUGUCGGUGAUCUGGGUGUUUGUCUCGAUUUGAGACAACGAAACGUGGAUGCUACAAUAAUCGCAGGCAGCGCCUAUUGCACUGCUCCCGAGUGUCUACGUAAAUUGGCACCCUACUCUCCGGCUGCCGACAUCUUUGCUUUUGGCCUAUUGGUUUGCGAGCUCAUCGUGCGACUUGUGAAUAAUGGAAGCACUAUUCCUCGGACUGAUGAGUUUGGACUUGAUAAAGACAAUUUACCCGUACCUCCAGACUGUCCACCGUGGUUUCUUGACUUGGCAGUGGACUGUUGUAAAGUCAACCAUUUGGAACGUCCUUCAGUUGAUGAAAUUACCGACCGAAUAAUAGACCAUUCCAUCGAUGCCUCCUUUAUCAGUCCUAGAGCAUUUAAUUUUGUAGCUGUGGAAAAGGAUGGUGCGAUUGAACGAAGCUCGCGAAAGCGUUUUGCUGGUUCGUCUUUGCGCGGUGCUAGUAGUCAACAAAUACCUGCAGCAGCUGCUACCAUUCAACCAGAUUGUCUUGGAUGA